UGUUCCGGAAGAUUCAUGGAAAAUGAUGGAAAAAUAACCGGAGAUAGGGACAUAAAGACCUGGGCCUUCCGUCGAGUAUCCGAAAUAGAGACAAGCAGCAUAUUUUACACAAAAUAAAGACGGCUGAACUACGAAAUUUAACAUAACAAGCAUGAUGCUGUCACCUGUAACCGACAAUGAGAGCGUGUCGAGUAAAAAGGAGCCUAAAGCACCGGUUAUUCAGGUCACUCAGAUUUUGCAUCCCAACGAUGACCGUCACAACACACCGCCCAGUUCGCACCGGAAGUCUGUCCCCACCAUCGGCACCGAUAACCCCGUGUUUGUUACAGAGGACGAAAUCAACUGCCACGACAGCGAUCAGCUGAUGACAAACGAGCUUAUCGAUCUGCACACGCCGUUACCGUCGGUGCCUUAUUUGUCUAACAAGGGUGGCAACUCUAACGUGUUUAGCUUCGAUCCGGAUGCAUUAAGUCUGUUUUCUAGAAGGGGAAGCCUCUCGAUCGAAAGCACGGUAACCGGGUUGCAGCCCGAUACAUAUCCGCGUCGUGGGAGUUAUGGGCCCGCAAACUCGAACAACAGUUUGACCGUGCCGUCGUUGCGAAAAAAUCGCAAUCUCGAUGCGAGCGAAGGCAAGGUGCUACAUCCGGGAAUCCUUGACACCGGGGGAUCCUCCGCCCCGCUACCGAGUCCCGGACAGAUCAGCAUGACGUCAGCGUGGAGCGAGGUGGUCCUCAACAACUCCCGACGGUCCUCCGAUGCCGCCCUUAGUGAGAUCUCAAGGGUGUCGAACGUGAGUAGCAGCCUGUCGGACUACCUGCGGCACCUCGUGCGCGCCUUCAGCAGCCGCACGGAGCGGGUCAAGGAAAGCACGAUGCAGCCGCCCAGCCCAUCUUCCUUAUCGGACUGCGCAAACUCGGACGCGCUUUCCGCAAUAUCAGCCGAGCCUCAAUUCCGCCAUCGGUUAGACUCGUUCUUUCCGGGAGAAGUCGACGGUGACACGUUUUCCGAGAUCGAGCGUUUCCGUGAAGAGCAGGAAAGUGAUAAAACGAAGAAGUACACGUUUCCGAGAUGGUUGCGAAAGCUCAGAUUUCCGCACGUCAUCGAACCGCAAAGCAAGCUGUACCUAUUCUGGCUGUUCAUCGUCACUUGUGCGUUCUUGUACAACGCCUGGGUGAUUCCGCUGCGAGCCGCCUUUCCAUACCAGACAGACGACAAUAUCAUGUACUGGUUGAUAGCAGACUACACAUGUGACGUCAUUUACAUCAUUGACAUCAUACUAUUUAAGUCGAGGAUAAGUUUCCUUAACAGUGGUCUGAAAGAGACGCACAGAUCGAAAACGAGGGCAAACUAUUUCCAAAAACUGAUGUUCAAGUUUGACGUGGCCUCCCUGCUUCCCCUGGACCUUUUGUACCUGAUUCAGAUGAAGGUUAACCCGUGGUGCCGGUUACCAAGGUUGCUUAAGAUCCAGACUUUCUGGGAGUUCUAUUCGCGUUGCGACCACCUCGUGAGAUCUGCCCAUGCUGUGCGGAUAAUCAAGACGUUCACGUACAUGUUGUUCCUUAUCCACGUUGAGACAUGCGGCUACUACGCCAUAUCUGAGUAUGAGGGAUUCGACUCUAAUCGAUGGGUCUACAACGGCAAGGGCAUAGCAUACAUACGCUGUUUCUAUCUGGCAACAAAGACGGCAACAUCGAUUGGCAACAACCCUAAACCAACCAAUACGCUCGAGUUUUCCUUCAUGACAGUGUACUGGGUCUCCGGUGUGUUUGUGUUCGCGCUUUUGAUUGGCCAGAUUCGCGACAUUGUGGACGCCGCCAAUAUGGUGAAGAGGACGUACACCAAGCGCAUGGACGCCGCGUUGAAUUACGUGAAGAACAUGAACCUUCCUAAGGAGACGCAGGAUCGAGUGAGGACCUGGUUCAUAUAUAACUGGCAGCAGCAGAAAGUCAUCGACGAGCGGCAGAUGAUGAACGCCUUGCCGAUGAAGCUCCGGAAGGACCUCGCUAUCCACGUGCACUUUAACACGCUUAGCAAGGUUAAGCUCUUCUCCGAUUGCGACAAGACGCUGCUUUAUGACCUCGUGCUUAAGUUGAAGCCCAUAUUGUACCUGCCAGGAGAUUACGUGUGCAAAAAGGGCGAGAUCGGAAAGGAGAUGUACAUCGUCAGUCAGGGGAUUGUUGAGGUGGUCGGUGGUCCGAACAACGCCCUCGUAUUGGCUACGCUUAGAGAGGGAUCCGUGUUCGGGGAAAUCAGCCUAUUGGCUAUGGCGGCAGAGGGGAAUCGACGGACGGCAGACGUCCGAUGCAAGGGCUACACGAACCUCUUUAUCCUGUUAAAAGCGGAUUUCGAGGCGGCAAUGAAGGACUACCCAGACGCACACAAGCUGCUCAAGAAAAGAGCAAAGAAGCUGUUGCGGAUUAACGCGCGUAUAGAGCGACAGAGUCAGAGCUCCAUGGACAACACAAAAAUCAACGCGACAAACAUCAUCCGCAGUCCGCCUGGAACUCCGAAACUCUUAAAAACUGUCAUUAAGAUUAUGGAUCCUGAUUCCACGCUGGUUCGGAAGUUGAGUAGCCGUCGGCACUCCGUGAAGGCCGCUGCCGGCGGGACCGACGACGUCGCAAAAACCCAAAGCGGGAACGACAACAAGGCAUUUGAGCACAGCGUCGAUCAGACAAGAUCCACUGACGGGCCGCCGGACGCUGUCGAUUUAGCGGAAGCGUUUUACGACGAUUUUCUCUCGAACAACGACUGGAGUCGGGAGCAACUAGAAUCGGCAUUGGAAGCCAGAAACCAAACAGAAGCAUUCGACGGUGGUAUAAUCAGCAAUGGUGCCAAGUCUUCGAAGACAACAUAUAGCGGAACUACAGCUGAAAGCGCGGACUCAGUUGAUCAAGACACGGAAGAGAGUGAGUCUGCCUCGGAGACUGAUGAUACUGAUUUCCUAAGCACCAUAGAUAGCAGAGACACAUUUGCCGAACUAAGGCAACUGGAUGAGUUCGAGUCCGACAUCAUUGACGUCUCUCCAACGCUUGACGGUUACAACUACUCUGUUCAGUACUCGUCCAGCCCACCGGAUGAGGAGGAGGCUAAAUGCAGUUUCGGCGGCGCUAAAUGCAAAACGAUAACGUCCGACAUGUUUGGCGAUAUUCAAUCAACCACAGAAGCGAGGUCCAACGCCUCUUCCGUCAGUCAGCAGAGCGACCGGAAGGAGCCGGCAGCAACUGCGAGGAAAGGCUGCCUCAGUCGCAAUCUUCGGGAUGACGAAUAUGCCCAGUCGUUGGCUAAUGGUUUCACGAUAAUUAUUGAUUCAGUUGAUGAUAUUGGAACUGAUGUUGAUUGCUGUUUUACGGGUGGUAAACAUUCCGCUAAACCAGAGGUAGAACCCGAAAAGAUGGAAGUAAAAAUUGCGAAAAAUGUUUCAUUCAGAGAGGACGACUUUAAAGCCAAUGGCAUUGACACCGCUGAAUCAGACAAAUCAAAUAAAAUGAGUGAAUCUAAUAAAGUUGAAAAGACACUGGCACCAUCAUCUGCGUCUAUGUAUAAGCACAAUUCUAAAAGGCUUCCCAUAAAACCAGCGUCCGCUGGUAAAGCCAAACAGAGCAAAACCAAACUGGACUCGAACAUUAAAGUGCAUCCAGAAAAGAUUGUCCAGAAUUCGCCAUAUGGAAAGAGCUCUCAAAUAAAAAAAGGAAAAACACCGAAAGCGAAAUUACAAAACAGCAAAGCUGAAACAAUAAAAAAGAAACUUCCGAAUGGCGAUCCCAUUAGUUCCGAUUCAACAGAAUAUACGCAGAGGCUAAACUGGGAAGAACGUGAAACAAGAACAAACAAAACCGACGAUGAAGCAUCUAGUUUUGAGUUAAUUCACGUCGAAUCUGUUUCUGCGAUGCCUAUGGCCAGCGCUGUACGCGACAGCGUUCAACACCACUCGGACGAUCACCACAUUACGUGCGUGGCCGACAUCCACCGAGAAAAGACGCUAUCGCCGCGCGACGACCUUGAUGACCGUUCGUCCUUGACCCCUGAAAGGGUCGCACAGAGGCAGCGGAAAAUCAGCGUUAUAUCCAUCGGCUCCGUGCUGAAGGAUGGGAGGGAUACGCUUGUUUAAAGCUCUUAAUUUGAUAAUAUGUAUGUUUCGGAAGAUCUUCAUUGACCCUCGAUGGUUUUACGCAAAGACUUACCGUUAUGUAAAUAAACGAGGAGCAUUAAAAAAGGUUGCUUUGUAUAUGUAUAUUUUAUUUGAAGAAUUUGGAUAAAGCAUCAUCAUGUUCCGCUCUUUAUCACUGUUAUGUUAGCCCAGAAUUGGUCUGAUUAUAACGUUGGUUUUUAAAGUUACUGACUACAGUAUUGAAUGAUAGAAAAACGUAGCAUUGUGAAAAAUACAUUUUUUUUCCGAUGCAACAUUGAAUGUUCGUAAAGGAUUGUCAACUACGGAUGCCCUAGUUUACUUAUUUCAUGCUGUGCAACAUUAUCUUAAUAACAAUUAACGGCUAUAUGUUGCAUAUUGACCUUUAAAAUCCGUUCAUAGUAUUUAUCGAAAUGCACUUUAGUAUAAAUAAUUCAAAUUUGAUAUACGUGGUAAAAUAUUUUAAAAAAUUAUAAAGAUCAUUUAAAAUAUGAAAUUGCAUUUGUUGAAAACUGUAAUAGUCUUUCUGAAUUAUUCGAAGGGUAUGUUGGCUGAAGACAAGGGGAGGUUAUCUCAUUUAUGCUAGUUUCUCUUAUUUUAGAGGAUUUGGGUACUUGUUAUUACAAAAUCAUGCACAUGCUGGAAUAAAGCUGUAUGAUAUU